GCAGCGGAGCUCUGUGUCAUAUCACUUCUCCGGGGCCGAGCGUUACCGGUGAACAAUCGGAGUAUUUUGGCCAAUAUUCUCCGGUGAUUUGGCGAUGGCAUUGCAGAGAUAUCUCUUGAAACGAAGCCAUGAAGCUGGGGAGAAGCUUCGACCCUUGUUGUUCCGUAGCUUUUCUUCCAUAGCUGCACCUGCGUUACAUCCCUUCGAUUACGCACCGAAUGCUUACAAUGCACCUACGCUCCCUUCCUUCGAUUACUCACCGAAGGCUUACAAAGGACCUCUAGGAGACGAAAUUCUUCAGAAACGAAAGAAGUAUCUUGGUCCCUCUAUGUUCCAUUUCUAUCAGAAGCCCCUCAAUAUUGUUGAAGGCAAGAUGCAGUAUUUAUUUGAUGAGAAUGGAAGACGUUAUCUUGAUGCAUUUGCUGGAAUAGUCACGGUGUCUUGUGGACAUUGCCAUCCAGAAGUUGUGAAUGCUAUAGUAGAACAAAGCAAGCUUCUCCAGCAUGCUACAACCAUUUACUUGCACCAUGCAAUAGCUGAUUUUGCAGAGGCAUUAGCAUCGAAAAUGCCUGGAAACCUAAAGGUUGUAUAUUUUGUCAAUUCUGGUUCUGAGGCAAAUGACUUAGCAAUGUUGAUGGCUCGGCUAUAUAGUGGGAAUCUUGGUAUGAUUUCUCUGAGAAAUGGAUAUCAUGGUGGAAGUUCUGGAACACUUGGUCUGACGGCUCUAAGUACUUGGAAGUACUCAAUACCAGAGGGAGAAAUUCAUCAUGUUAUGAAUCCAGAUCCGUAUCGUGGGGUCUUUGGUUCUGAUGCCACCUCUUAUGCCAAAGAUUUACAAGAUCACAUUGACUUCGGUACUUCAGGAAAAGUUGCUGGCUUUAUCGCAGAAACCAUUCAGGGAGUUGGCGGAGCAGUUGAAUUGGCCCCUGGAUACUUGAAACUGGUGUAUGAUAUUGUACGUAAGGCAGGUGGUGUCUGCAUAGCAGAUGAAGUGCAAUCUGGGUUCGGUCGAACGGGAAGCCACUACUGGGGCUUUGAAACCCAAGGUGUUCUUCCAGACAUUGUUACGAUGGCAAAGGGCAUUGGCAAUGGUCUACCUUUAGGGGCAGUAGUGACGACACCAGAAAUUGCAAAGGUUUUGGCUGAAAAAAUUCAGUUUAACACUUUCGGUGGGAACCCUGUAUGUUCUGCUGGUGGACUUGCAGUGCUUAGGGUUCUUGACAAGGAGAAGCGUCAAGCCCAUUGUGCGGAUGUUGGAUUACACUUAAUUGAGCGUUUGAGAGCCCUUCAGCAAAAACAUGACAUCAUUGGAAAUGUGAGAGGCAGAGGUUUAAUGGUCGGGGUAGAAUUUGUUACUGACAAGAAAGAGAAGACGCCUGCAAAGGCAGAAACUACUGUUCUAUUUGAGAAGCUGAGAGAGCUUGGAGUGCUAAUUGGGAAGGGGGGUCUCCAUGGAAAUGUUUUCAGAAUAAAACCACCUAUGUGCUUCACAAAAGAUGAUGCAGAUUUCGUCGUUGAUGCAAUGGACUAUGCCAUGUCAAAGUUGUGAGCAUUGACCUGCCAUGAUUCUAGAGUCCACAUAAGAUCUAACUGUAAUAUAAAUAAGUAGAUUUCUUG